UCUCCCCAUUUUCUCAAUUUCUAGGGUUUCCACAUUUUCUGCACUUUCACUCCCAAAAACCAACGAACCUCCACAAAACCAGAGGUUAAAGCGACGGCGCAGCUGCUGUCCGCCUUGACGUAAAUCUUCGUCUUGGCCCUCAAUUUUGCUCUCAUCAAAACCCUAAGAAAAAAACUCAAUCAUCAUCAUCAAUGGCACCAAAACCUACCAAAGCCGAGAAGAAGCAAGCUUACGAUGUUAAGCUUUGCCAGCUUCUCGAUGAAUUCACUCAGAUUCUGAUUGUUAAUGCUGAUAACGUUGGAUCUAAGCAGCUUCAGAAUAUUCGUGGUGGUUUACGUGGUGAUUCGGUUGUUCUUAUGGGGAAGAAUACUAUGAUGAAGAGAUCUGUGAGGAUGCACGCUGAGAAAACUGGGAACAAUGCGUUUCUUAACCUUAUCCCUCUCCUUGUUGGAAAUGUGGGUUUGAUUUUCACCAAGGGAGACCUCAAGGAGGUCAGUGAAGAGGUUGCCAAGUACAAGGUUGGAGCUCCUGCUCGUGUUGGUUUGGUUGCUCCAAUUGAUGUUGUUGUCCCUCCUGGCAACACAGGGCUUGACCCCUCCCAAACCUCUUUCUUCCAGGUGCUCAACAUUCCCACAAAGAUUAACAAGGGUACUGUGGAAAUUAUUACCCCUGUUGAACUCAUCAAGAAGGGAGACAAGGUUGGCUCUUCUGAAGCUGCAUUGCUUGCCAAGCUAGGCAUCAGGCCAUUUUCAUAUGGACUUGUGGUCCUCUCUGUGUAUGACAAUGGCUCUGUGUUUAACCCUGAGGUUCUGGAUCUUACUGAGGAUGACCUUGUUGCGAAGUUUGCCAUUGGUGUCUCAAUGGUUACUUCACUUUCCUUGGCCAUCUCUUAUCCAACACUAGCUGCUGCACCUCACAUGUUCGUGAAUGCAUACAAGAAUGUUCUUGCUGUUGCAGUCGCAACCGAGUAUUCUUUCCCUGAGGCUGACAAGGUUAAGGAGUUCUUGAAGGACCCAAGUAAGUUUGCCGUAGCUGCUGUUGCUGCUCCGGCCGAUGUUUCUGGUGCUACGCCUGCGCCUGCUGCCGCCGCCGCUGCUGCUGCUGCUGAGCCUGAAGAAGAAUCUGAUGAUGACAUUGGUUUUGGUCUUUUUGGUGAUGACUAGAUCUUGCAAAAUUUACUAUCAAGUAUUUUGGUUUGUUAGAUUUGCUGAACCAUUUGUUCGUUCUUGAAGUUAUUUAGUUUUGCUUAUUUUGUAUUUUCCAUUAUGACUCUGUUUGGUGAUGUUAUUUAUUAUUUUUGAUAACUUUAUAUUUUAAUGGCAAUUGAACCUGGAUCCUGUGCUUUAUCUAUCUAUAAUUUGUUAACUAAGGUUAAGCAAGAA